AUGAAUUCAACUGGAUCAUCGUCAUCAACUUCAUUUGUUUUAUUUGAUUUAAAUAAAGAUCAUCGAUUAGAUGCAAUUAUUGUUAAUAAUGAUACGGGAAAUAUUAAUAUUCUUCAUGGAUAUUUUCAAGGUUUUCCUAUUCCUAUAAAAUUUAAUAUUAAAUCUGCUUCAUGGUUUAUAAUUAAUCAUGAUUUAAAUCAUGAUAAAAUAUUAGACUUGAUAGUUACUAGUGACAAAAAUGAUAUCAUAAUUUGUCUUGGAUUUGGUGAUGGAUCAUUUACACGUAAAGUAACAUAUCAAACUGUUUAUCAUCCUCAACAUGCAGCUGUUGGAGACUUUGAUAACGAUGAUAAUGUCGAUAUAGUUGUUGUUAAUGCUCAAGAAGCUUAUAUUUAUAUAUACUUUGGAAAAGGUGAUGGUACUUUUCCAACUAUCAGAACAUAUUCAACUUAUUUUUAUCCAUAUUUUGUCGCUGUCAAUGAUUUAAAUAAUGAUAAUCAAUUAGAUAUUGUUAUUGUCGAUCAUUUUUAUACUGAUAAUCAAUUAUAUACUGUUGAUAUCGAUCAUUUUUAUGAUGAUACUACGAGUGUUUUUCUCGGUUAUGGCAAUGGUUCUUUUGCAUUCCCUAUGAUCUAUUUAACUGGCUUUGGACCACGAUCUAUGUCUAUAAGUGACCUGAAUAAUGAUGAUAAUCUUGAUAUAAUUGUUACCAUUUAUUUUAGCAACACUAUAAAUAUAUUUUAUGGAUAUGGGAAUGGAAGUUUUCAUGAGCAAAUCAUAUAUCCAGUUGAUGAUUAUUACCCAUAUUUUGUAACAACUGCUCAUUUUAAUAACGAUACUUUUGUGGAUGUUGUUGUUACUUUUUAUUAUAGCCGAAGCGUAUGUAUUCUUCUGGGCUUUGGAAAUGGUUCUUUUGAACAAAAGGUGACAUAUGAAGUUGAUUUGUAUCCACUAUAUGUAGAAAUUGGUGACAUGAAUAAUGACACAUAUUUAGAUAUUAUAGUUGCUUGUUCGGAUUCAACAAGUAUCUAUAUUUUAUUUGGAUAUGGAAAUGGUUCAUUUAGUGAUGCACAAUCAUAUUAUACAAAUAUGGGUUCAUAUGCUGUAACUAUUGGUGAUUUUAAUCAUGAUCAACGAUUGGAUAUAAUUGUACCAAAUGUAAAGAGUAAUUAUAUAGGAAUAUUACUACAAAAUAACAAAGGUAUCCUUAGAAAUCAUUUGACUUAUGCAUCAGGUGGAAGUUCAAAAUUACGAUCAAUGUUGAUCGAAGAUAUAAAUAAUGAUACUUAUUUAGAUCUUAUCACUGCUAAUUAUGGUACUAAUGAUCUUACUUUUCUUUUUGGUGAUGAAAAUAUGAAUUUUCAGAAUGAAAUAAAGAUUAAAUUGAAUACAAAUUCUCAUCCAUCAUCAAUUACUUUUGGUUAUUUUAAUUCUGAUCGACAAUUAGAUAUUGCCGUAGUUCUUGUUGAUUCAAAUCAAAUUGGAAUGUUACUUGGAAAUGGAAAUGGUUCAUUCAUUCUUCAAGAUACUUUUCAGAAUUGUUCAAUAUCUCCUCCUUUGAUUGUUUCAGCUAAUGAUUUUAAUGAUGAUGGACAAUCAGAAAUUGUUGUUGUAUAUGAUCAAAGUGAUUCAAUUGAUAUGUUCAGCACAUUUAAUAGAGGAACUUUUGUAAUUUCACAUAAAUAUCCACUUGGUGUAGCUCCAAUAAAUGUAGUUGUAGAUUAUCUUAAUAAUGAUAGUUAUAUUGAUAUUAUUGUUGUUGAUUUGACGUCAAAUGAUAUGAGAAUUUUUUAUGGAAAUGGAAAUGGAAGUUUUACAGGUCCAUCGAUCUAUUCAACUGGUAAUAGUCCAGUUUGUGUCGCAGUUGGUGAUUUUAAUUCUGAUUAUCGAUUAGAUUUAGUUGUUGGAGAUUAUGAUUCUACAUUCUAUAUAUUCUUAGCAAAUGAUAAUGAUAGUUUUUCAAAUUCAACUGCUUAUUCAGUUGACUCUCCCGUCCAACAUCUAGCAGUUGGUGAUUUUAAUGAAGAUAAUCGAUUAGAUCUUGUUGUCAUCACUUCUAGUGAAAAUAUCAUUCUAUUUCAAGGGUUUGGUAACGGUUCUUUCUCUUUAAACGAAAUAAAAUAUCAAACUGGCGACGAUCCAGAAUUUAUAAUUGUAGCUGAUUUUAAUAAUGAUUCUCAUUUGGAUUUUGGUGUUGCUAAUUUUGGUAGUGACAAUGUUGGUAUUUAUCUUGGUUAUGGAAAUGGUUCUUUUACUAAACAAGUAACAUAUUCGGUUGGUUUCUACCCAGGUUCAUUAGCAGUUGCAGAUCUAAAUCAUGAUAAUCGAUUAGACAUUGUUGCAACUACAAAUCUUCCAGGAACAGUCACUGUCCUCCUUGGCUAUGGUAAUGGAUCCUUUUCAUAUCCAAAACUCUUUUCAGUUGGUGAGAUUCCAAAAUCUGUCGCUAUCGGUGACUGUAAUAAUGAUAAUUAUCCAGAUAUUAUUGUCGCUAAUAAAUAUAGCAACUCCAUAAGUGUUUUGUUAGGAUAUGGUAAUGGUUCAUUUCGUACUCAAAUAGAAUAUACAAAUGUUUUGAUGCCAAUCUCUAUAGCAGUUCAUGAUUUUAAUAAUGAUAAUCAACUUGAUGUUGUUGUUGCAAGUUUCGAAGAUGUAAAUUUAAUCAUUAUGUUUGGUCAUUCAAAUUUCGUUUUUGAAAAACAAACAACACUCUUAACUGAUACUAAUUCUCAAUCUCGAUCAUUUGUAAUUAAUGAUUUUAAUAAUGAUCAUUAUAUGGAUAUUAUUGUAGCUAAUUCAGGUACAAAUAAUAUUGGUAUUUUCUAUGGAUAUGGAAAUCUCACAUUUACAAAUCAAAUAACAUAUUCAACUGGUAAUAAUUCACAUCCAUAUUCUGUUGCUGCAGGUCAUUUCAAUGCUGAUAAACAAUUAGAUCUUGUCACUGCUAAUUUUGGUUCUGAUACUAUUAGUAUUUUUCUUAAUAACGAUAAUAAUUCAUUUUCAAAUCAAACAACAUAUUCAACUGGUUCAUCUUCAUCACCUUAUUCUGUUGCUGUUGGAUAUGUAAAUAAUGAUAAUAAAUUGGAUAUAGUUGUUAUAAAUUAUAAUAAUAAUAAAAUUGGAAUAUUUCUUGGUCAUGGUGAUGGAACAUUUGAUGAUAUAAUAUUAUUUGCAAUGCCAUAUGGAUCACAUCCAACCUCACUAGCCCUUGCUAAUUUUAGUCUUGAUGGAAAAUUGAAUAUUGCCGUGAUAAAUAAUGGCACAGACAGCUUGAGUCUUUACUUACAACCUUGUUAA